AUGGGUCCAAGUGUGAAUCAUAUGGUCGAGGAGCUGCCCCAGUUCAACCCUCGUAAGUUCGAUAUGAAAGUUCGCUAUCCGAUUUGGAUGGCAAAGAGCAUCCUCAAACAAUCCUUGCAGGCUCUAGCAUUCCUCCACGAAAAUGGUAUCGCCCAUGGAGACUUCCAGCCGGGAAACAUGCUCUUCACUCUGAGCUAUAUCGACUCCACCCCCGAGGACUCGCUCCGGCAACAGGAAGAUGUGCAGACACAGUCUAUUUCUCCCCCUGUGGAGAGGCGAGACGGAAAACAAGAUAAAUGGGGCCGGGCAUAUCUUUGCGUUGCGCAGCCACUGGCUCCCUUUACCCCCUACACCGAAGGAUUCAAGCUCAAAUUAUCCGAUCUUGGUGCUGCAUAUUUCUUUACCAACCCACCAACAAAACCCGUGACUCCACGCGGUCUUCGAGCCCCCGAGUUGGUUCUUACGGGAUCUUACAACAACACAGUUGAUGUCUGGAGUUUCGGUUGCCUUCUCUUUGAACUUAUAACUGGACAACAACCUUUCUGCGUACCCUACUCCGAAAUGCAAGAUGACGAUCAUCUUCUCUCCCUGACUUCCCAACUCGGCCCCCUCCCCGAAGACCUCUACAAGCAUUGA